GAGAAAGGAGGGAAGGCGGACUCGGCUCCGGGCACCCAGGAGGCCCGGCCUGGGCGGGGGUGGGUGGGCGCUUUCGCUCCCGGCGUCUCCGUGGCCUAGAGGUGGCGGCGGCGGGCGGGCGGACGCGCGGGCCACCCAGCUGAGCGGCCAAAGCCGUCCGGGCGAUCCUUCCCACCGUUGCGCCGCUUCCCUGCUUUCUGACAGGCGCCCCAUUUCCAAGGGUUCGAUCGGGCUCCGGCGAGACAGCAGAUCGCGAAGGAGCCCAAGGCGGCCAAGCGGAGACGUUGGAAGCAGGUGUGAACUGAAGAUCCAAAGAUUCUGCCGGCCCUGAUGGCUCAAAUAAGACAGGAAAGAUCGAAAGUGGAACCUAGGCAGUUCUGUUAGGGAUUUUUCCUGGAUUGGAAACCAUCCUCGCUGGAUCUGAGUUGGAACUGCAUGGUCCAUCCUGCCCUUUGUGGAGGAAGGUGACUUCAUCCUUGCCUUCAAACUUGGAUCUCUGGAGAUAACUUGUCCGUGUGGUUGGGUUGCAAAUCAAAGCCCAGUCUACACCUUCAGAGAUGUACCAGAGUUUAGCAAUGGCAGCCAACCAUGGCCCACCAGCAUAUGAAGGGACCAGCAGUUUUAUGCACACCACAGCUGCUGCUUCUCCUGUAUACAUACCCACCACAAGGGUCACUACCAUGAUCCCCAGCCUGCCUUACCUCCAAGGGAGUGGUUCAUCCCAGCAAGGCAGCCCAGUCUCCAGCCACUCCAUUUGGACUCAACCUGGAGCUGAGAGCGUUGCUUACAACCCUGGAUCUUCUCAUCCAUCAGUAUCUCCAAGGUUCUCCUUUGCUACUAGCACCCCCAUACCAGCAACUACUUCCAGAGAAGCAUCUGCUUAUAGCAGCUCUCUUAGUAUCUCGGCCAACAGCAGGGACCAGUAUGCUCGGAGUUUCAGUGGCUCCUAUUCCAGUCCAUAUCCAGCAAGUUAUAUGACCCCAGAAUUGGGCACCAGCUGGACUUCAUCUCCUUUUGAUAGCCCCAUGCUCCACAACCUUCAGAAUCGAAGUACUCCAGGAGCUUCAAGGCACACCAACAUAGAGUUUUUUGAUGAUUAUGCCGAAGGUCGGGAAUGUGUCAACUGUGGUGCUAUGUCCACCCCACUGUGGCGAAGAGAUGGUACUGGCCACUAUCUUUGUAAUGCAUGUGGACUCUACCACAAGAUGAAUGGCAUUAACCGGCCACUGAUCAAGCCCCAGAGGAGGCUGUCAGCCUCCCGUCGGAUUGGACUGUCUUGUGCAAACUGUCAUACAUCUACAACCACACUGUGGCGCCGGAACGCCGAAGGAGAGCCAGUCUGCAAUGCCUGUGGUUUAUACAUGAAGCUCCAUGGGGUUCCAAGACCUUUAGCUAUGAGAAAAGAAGGGAUCCAAACCAGGAAGCGUAAACCAAAGAACUUGAGCAAAUCCAAGACAUCAGCAGGAUCAGCCACCAAUGAAAGCCUCCCCACUGCCAUUAGCUCAGCCCCCUGCACCAGCACAACCACCACUACUACUGCUGAAGAAAUGCGCCCCAUCAAGACAGAACCAGGGAUCUCAUCUCAUUAUGGACACCCGAGCCCUAUUCCUCAGGCAUUCUCUGUUGCGGCAAUGUCUGGGCAUGGACCUGCUCUUCACUCCACUAUGUCUACUCUCAAACUGUCUCCACAGGCUUAUCAAGCAGCCAUGAACCAAUCUCCCCAGCCCAGCUCCAAGCAAGAUUCCUGGAACAGCCUAGUCUUAGGGGAAACACAUGGAGACAUCAUCACAGCUUAACAAUCUUCUGCCUCUUCACCCCCUUCUAAGGGAGUUACCAAGCUUGGGACUCAAAGGCGAUGGGCAUCUAUCAAGCAAUACUAUUUGUUCUCCCCCCCCCAACUUGUUUCUCCCUCCCAUCCUUUGUUUUUGUCUAGUUUUGGUCUUAGAAGAGCCAUUCCAAAAUGCUUUGGCCUGUUCAAUCAAAACUGCCAAGUUCUAUUUUUAAGAAAUCCUCCAGAUAACAUGGACACCAAUAUUACAUGUUUAUAAGUAACUGAUAAACAGAAAUGUAAUAUCAAAUAGUAUGUUUGUAUAUGUGUGUGUACAUGUGAAGAAUGUGUAUGAGCGUGAAUGGAAAUUUGUAACUGCAGCUUUCCACAUGUUCAGUCUUCAGUCAUCUUUUGAAAAAUGAAGGAAUGUAUAAGCCAGCCCAUAAAAUAGAAUGGAGGUUAAGAAGAGAUAAAAAAAUAAAACAAAAAGGCAGUAUAUAAGCCAGCAAUUUCCCUAAACUUUUAUUAUGGGGAUCAGUGGCUAGUGGCCUUUAUGAAAGAUCUGAUUUCCUGAUCUGGGACGAUAGCUAUCCAUCCCAUUGUUAAUUCAAAGCCUAAAGAACCAGCAGCAUAUGCAGAGAAGAAUGGGAAAAAAGGCUAGUGGCUGGCAUAGGCUUGGGUUUUGGUUCUCUAUUUCCCAUUUUGAUUUAUAAAAAUUAUUCUUCCCCAAAGAGACUGCAGACCAAAAUGUGUUAUCUUUGAUAGGAAGAGACUCAAAAUUCAAGUACGGUGGCUCACAAGAAUCCAGAAGAAAAUGGAGGUGCUGUGGUUUGCAAAUGCUGCAAUCAAUGGUGAACUGAAGACUCCAGUUUUUUUUUAAAGUGUGGAACAGAAGCAACAGUUUUGUCUUCAAACAUAGCUGCAAUUCACUAUGGCCUGUGGAUUCUAGCCGGAAUUUUG